AUGAUCACCUCAAAGGUUAGCCCCGCCCCUUCAAACACCUUCCUCCAAUCACCUAACAUCUCCCAUGAGGCCGAGCGGCACAACUUCAUGAACUUGUUGGAUGACUCUAGCUGUCAAUCAGUCAGCUCUGCUUAUGCCUCCUUAUAUGGUGAUCCCGCUGUCACUCCACACCCUACACUUGGAUGGAAGGGUUACUAUGACAACUGUUACCCCUCAUCCUCCUUCUCUAAUGAUUGGCCGUUAUCUGCCAGUUUACCAGAGCAUCGUGAUUGUGUGAGCUGUGGGACGAGCAGCGCCCACCUGUGGAGACGAGAUGCUUCAGGUCGUCACCUGUGCAACACCUGCUGCCUCAGACAGAAACCCAACAAUAGACCACUGCUGAGGACGAAGAAGAGAACUAUUGUGACUCAGAGAAAAGGAACUCAAUGUGUGAACUGCUUGACUGAAACUACGACGCUGUGGAGGAGAAACUCUGCAGGAGAACCGGUCUGCAACGCCUGCGGCCUCUACUACAAGCUACACCAGGUCAACAGGCCGCUGGCGAUGAAGAAAGACAGAAUCCAAACCAGGAACCGAAAAGUGACCAAUAAGAAAAAGAGGAGCAGAAAAUUUGACCAAUCACACACUCAGCUACCCCUUUCGGUCCCGCCCACCACCAUGUUUCACAGCUGACCUCUGACCUCGUCCUGACGUAGUUUCUGAAUGUGACUUUCUUUAUUUCUGCAUUGCUUAUCUUGAACAAGUGAACUGUUUGUAAUAAACAUCUUACAGGGAAGUGAUGCAGUAAAUAAAAAAGUGCAAAAGUGA